AUGUCGCAAAAGACAUCUGAAAAACAGUUGCUCGUGGAAGAAUUGCAUGCUCCAGCGAGAAAAAAUUUCCCUCGUAGACGUGUCAUCGUACGCGGAUACGACGAUCUGUGGCAGACGGACGUGGAUGAGAUGCGUCCAUAUGCACGAUUCAACAAAGGCUACAACUACAUACUCACAGUUAUCGAUGUGUUGAGCAAGUAUGCGUGGGCUGUAUCGCUCAAGAGUAAAAGUGGAAACGAGAUGUCGAAAACGAUCGCAAAGAUAAUUCGAGACGAUGGAAGAUGCCCGAAAAAUUUUCGAAUCGACAGAGGAAAAGAAUUUUACAACGCAAAUGUACAGAAACUCAUGAAGAAACACAGCAUUAAUCAUUAUUCGAUGUACUCUGUCAUGAAAGCCUCGGUCGUUGAACGCAGCGCCGUUUUUUAA